CAGGGUUGCACGCCAUGCCAUGGUCGCUCGCCGCUCCCGCCAGACGGGCUGGCUUCGAAGGCUCUCUUGCGGCUUGAGUGGGCGCACGCUUUUCUUCCUCGUUUUCGUCCUUUGCAUCUUGCUGUGCGUGUCUACGCUUCGCGCUCACUGGAAUCCUGGCGAACCUUCUCCAGAGACGCAUGGGCUCAGGAAGGCAGACCGCCAGACUCAAGCAGUGCCAGUGCCAGCUUUGCCGUCUCAGCCACCACACCUGACCACGGAGGCAGAGCUCAGGUGGACGUUUUGUGCUGCGCAAGGGGAGACGUGCAGAUGCUCCGGGAAGGUGCGUUGGGGGAAUGCCGGGACGUGGCUGGAGUACGAACCAGCUGGGGCCCUGCACUGCAGCAUCGAAGCUUUGCCGGACGUGAUCCCUGGGGACACCAAGAAGCAUUGCGAGUGCCUGCAGCCGGAUGUGGGCGUUGCGGGUGCAGACGAAUCUCCUUCGGCUCCUUCGGCUCCUUCGGCUCCCCCGGCUCCCUCGGCUCCGGCUGAGUGGAGAUUUUGUGCCAGCCAGUGGCAGGAGUGCAGAUGUCACGGCACCGUUCGCUGGGGCAACGAGGGCCAGUGGCACGAGGUCAAGCCGAGGCCUGGCGAGUCCUCUGUCACGGUGUCUUGCAGUGUGGCGCAGCUGCCGGACGUGGCGCCGGGUGACGACGGCAAGCACUGCCAGUGCUCGGGCUCAGUCUUCGUGCCGCCUCUGCCACCGGAGGCGCUCUCCGAAGGCGCCGAGCCCUUGGUGAGCUGCGAGGGCCACGGCUGGAGCGGGACGAAGCUCUGGGAACUGCAGCUGAGGAAGGCCAUGGAGCCCCUUUGCAAGGAGAAGGCGUUGUGGCCGUAUUUGGAAGUCUACUUGGACACGCGGUUCCGGGAGCAGCAUGGGAGGCUCUAUGGGGAGGACGGGUGGUGCGAGGAGGCAUGGGUGAACUUUGCCGCGCGGGAUGCCAAGGGCCGGCGGGUGAGCGGCUACGCGAAGGGACUGACGGAUCAGAUGGUGAAGUCGGUGCACCAAUAUUCCAGCAAGCCGGUGGUGGUGGUGAGCUUUGGCAGCGAUGCCAUCCCGUUUCUGGACCCAAACCGCUUUCCGCGCAUGGUGCUGCUGCAUGCCCGCAUGAAGGCGGGACUCUCCUUCAGCUUCUCCGGCCUGCGGGCGGCGCUGCUGGCGCGGGUGAAGGUGGGAGUCAACAUUGAGGAGGACAUGAUGUUUGUGAGCCCCCAGGCCGACACACUUUUUGCGCGGACCAGAGAGGAAAUCACGGAGCUUUACCCUUUUCCGAUGUUGCCCACGCACUUCUUGGACAGGGACCCAGCCAACAAGGAGGCCAAGUAUGGGAACUUCCUGGAGUUCACAGUCCCCGGCAGCCCGGACCCGCGUUUUCCAAGACCCACCUUGCGGUGGGGCCAAGCGCAGGGCACCUGGAGCUUUUGGGCCUUGCCCUUCGUGGGCCGGUGGCUUGCUGCCAAGCUCCUGGGCCGAGAGGAGCAAGGAGUCCCCACCCGGUCGCUCGGCGAGGCCGAGGACCUCUUGAACGUCGGCCUGUGGCGGGAGAAGGCGUCCAAGGCACAGGAGCCUGGUGCUUGUGGCAGACGGUGGGGACGGACGUGGCGUGGAACAAUUUCAUCGGCCAGAGGCCGCCCGGUGCCCCCGGCCUCAACUCCGACCCAACGCGCUUCCCAGAAGGCGUGCCCAUUGCCUUCUACUGGGCAUGGGCGGAGGGGAACCUGGACAAGUAUGAUAGGGCCUUCGAGGAGUUGGACAAGUUGAAGGAAGCAGGAUCGUGUCCCAAGACUUAUUGGCACGCUGGGAAGUUCUACCAAACCUUUGCGGAACUCAAAGCCGAGCACCCGGAUGUCGCUUGCACCUUGUGAUCUGCUUUCAUAUCGCUUGCGAUGGGGACCUCUGCGGGUCCCACUGGUGGUGGACACUGCAGCAGAAGAUGCUGAUAGCGCAGAACCGCAGAAGCACAAUCACGGUCCUGGGCGUUCUCGAACUGCUUCUUUCCGCUCUUGAAAUCCACAUGACUGUGCAGACACACACGCGCACACAGAGAUCCUGCCUGCAUGUUUCCUCAAGACUUGCAAUGUAGUGCAGCGUGAGAAUCACGAAUUCUGUAGCCAGGCUACUCGGGCAGUGAGACUUAACUGUGUCCUUUGUGUAAUCCUGUAAGCCCUACCAGGCGCAUGGGUUGGGAAAGCAGCUGGGCAAACAGCGUGCCG